AUGGCUCAAAACAGAGGUAUCUCACAUGUUUGGAGGAAAAUGGUAACAAUCAGAGAAGAUGUGGAGCAUGAAAUAUGGUGGCAACAGAAGGAAGGUACUGCUAGUUUCUGGCUGGACAACUGGACUAAGCAAGAUUCUCAGGGGAACAGUUUGUACGACACAGCGUCACAACCGGACACGGGUAACGAUGCGUACACAUUUUUGGAAUUCAACACAUAGGGAGAAGAAUUUGAUUAUCCUGAGUUUCAUGAGCUUUCACAGCCAAUUAGAUCAUCUGCUUGGCCUACACCGUCUGAUUUCUUAGUCUCUGAAGCUCCUGAUCGUCCGCAGUUGUCGUCUGAUGCUUCUCAAGUGUCAGGUAAAUCACGUGGUGGUGAUUGUGGACGGAGUAGUAGUAGUAGUAAGAUAUGUAAUAAUAAGGCGGCGGUGGUGGCAGUGGAUGCAUUGGCGGCAGGAAUGAACGGGUUGAAUUUUGAAGAGACUGGUGAUGAUGAGAGUUUUGAGUAUGGAAAUGGAGAUUUUGCGGUUGAACAUGCUUGUAAGUACUGCAGAGUGACGAAUCCUGCUUGUGUGGUUAGGUGUAACGUCCCAUCUUGCCGCAAAUGGUUCUGUAAUUCGAGAGGGAAUACUUCAGGUUCUCAUAUUGUUAAUCACUUUGUCCGAGCGAAACACAAGGAGGUUUGUCUUCAUAAAGAUAGUCUACUGGGAGAAACAAUUCUAGAGUGCUACAACUGUGGAUGUCGAAACGUCUUUCUUCUUGGUUUCAUCUCUGCCAAGACAGAGAGUGUCGUUGUUCUCCUCUGCAGGGAACCAUGUUUAAAUGUUAAUGCGCUGAAGGAUAUGAAUUGGGAUUUGAGUCAGUGGUGCCCCCUUAUCGAUGAUAGGUGUUUCUUGUAGUGGCUGGUUAAGGUUCCAUCAGAGCAAGAACAGUUGCGGGCACGACAAAUCAGUGCUCAACAAAUAAAUAAAAUUGAAGAAUUGUGGAAGACAAAUGCUGAUGCUAACCUGGAAGAUCUUGAGAAGCCAGGUGUGGAUGAUGAACCUCAGCCUGUUGGCUUGAAGUAUGAAGAUGCCUAUCAGUAUCAAAACAUAUUUGCACCGCUGAUCAAGCUUGAAGCUGACUAUGAUAAGAUGAUGAAAGAGUCUCAAAGUAAAGAUAACCUCACUGUUCGAUGGGAUAUAGGUCUCAACAAGAAGUAGGUAGCAUAUUUUGUUUUCCUGAAGGAAGACAAUGAGUUACGACUAGUACCUGGUGAUGAGAUACGACUGCGUUAUUCAGGGGAUGCAGCUCAUCCAACAUGGCAAUCAGUGGGGCAUGUGAUAAAAUUAACUGCUCAAGAAGAGGUUGCCCUUGAGCUUCGUGCCAGUCAGGGAGUUCCGGUUGAUGUGACCCAUGGGCUGAGUGUUGACUUUGUUUGGAAGAGUACGAGCUUUGACAGGAUGCAGACUGCAAUGAAAACUUUUGCUGUGGAUGAGACAAGUGUUAGUGGGUAUAUUUACCAUCACCUGCUAGGUCACGAAGUUGAGAUGCAAAUGGUUCGGAAUACAGUUCCUCGCUGUUUUGGUGCUCCUGGUCUUCCAGAGCUUAACGCUUCUCAGGUUUUUGCUGUAAAAAGUGUUCUCCAAAAGCCCGUCAGUUUAAUUCAAGGUCCGCUUGGUACGGGAAAAAAUGUUACCUCCGCUGCCAUUGUGUAUCAUAUGGCCAAGCAAGGCCAGGGUCAGGUUUUGGUCUGUGCACCCAGUAAUGUGGCUGUGGACCAAUUAGCAGAGAAAAUAAGUGCUACUGGACUGAAGGUUGUAAGGCUCUGUGCUAAGUCGAGAGAAGCUGUCAGUUCUCCUGUUGAGCAUUUAACCCUUCACUAUCAGGUUCGUCAUCUUGACACAUCCGAGAAGAGUGAACUUUACAAGUUACAGCAACUGAAGGAUGAACAAGGUUGGUGUUCCCUUCUACAUUGGUAAAUGUGUGCACAUUUUCCAAAUUCAUUUAAUUUAUGCACCUGUGUUGGUGCUGGAGAUCCUAGAUUGGCAAAUUUUAGAUUCCGUCAGGUGCUCAUUGAUGAGUCCACUCAAGCAGGUGAACCUGAAUGCCUUAUUCCUUUGGUUUUUGGAGCAAAGAAGAUUGUCCUCGUUGGUGAUCACUGCCAGCUUGGACCUGUCAUUAUGUGCAAGAAAGCUGCACGGGCUGGACUUGCUCAAUCCCUGUUUGAACGUCUUGUACUGCUGGGUGUGAAGCCAAUCAGGUUGCAGGUACAAUACCGUAUGCAUCCUGCACUGUAAAAGUUCCCGUCAAAUAGUUUUUACAAAGGUACACUUCAAAAUGGUGUAACCAUCAACGAGAGACAAUCAUUAGGCAUUGAUUUUCCUUGGCAUGUGUCAAACCGUCCCAUGUUCUUUUAUGUCCAGAUGGGACAAGAGGAGAUCAGUUCUAGUGGAACUUCCUAUCUAAAUAGAACUGAAGCUGCUAGCGUUGAGAAGCUAGUGACUACGUUCCUCAAAAGUGUAGUCCCUAGUCAGAUUGGAGUUAUAACACCAUAUGAGGGUCAACGAGCAUAUAUUGUAAAUUAUAUGUCUAGAAAUGGUGCUUUAAGGCAGCAACUUUACAAGGAAAUUGAGGUUGCAAGUGCAAAUUCAUUUCAAGGAAGAAAAGAUUAUAUCAUCUUGUCUUGUGUCAGGAGCAAUGAACAUCAGGGCAUUGGGUUUCUGAAUGAUCCUCGCAGGCUUAAUGUUGCUCUUACACGUGCUCGUUAUGGAAUCGUUAUCCUAGGAAAUCCUAAAGUGUUGAGCAAGCAGCCUCUCUGGAAUGGCUUGCUGACACACUACAAGGAGCAUGAAUGCUUGGUAGAAGGUCAUUUAAAUAACUUAAAGCAAAGCAUGGUUCAGUUUCAGAAGCCAAAGAAGAUCUACAAUGACCGCAGGCUUUUCUUUAGUGGUGGACCUGGAAUUGUUCCCAGUGAUAAUUAUGGACCUCCUGCCUCAUCAAACCCCAAUGCUGACAGGCGAAGUAGUCGCUCUAGGGGUUCUUACAUGGCACCUGGUCCAUCCAAUGGUACUCACAGACCCGGUGUCUAUUCUUCUGGUUAUCCAAUGCCUCGAGUUCCCAUCUCCCCUUACCAUGGCGGCCCUCCCCAACCGUAUGCAAUUCCUGCUCGUGGUGCUAUACACGGGCCUGUUGGAGCUGUACCUCAUGUUCCACAUCCAGGUAGCCGGGAUUUCGGUGCCGGGCGUGGGAAUGCCAAUGCUCCGAUUGGUAGCCAUCUUUCUCACCAGCAAGCCUCCCAGCAACCUAUUGGAAGUCAUGGGGCUAACUUCAACUUUUCUGCACUUGAAAAUCCAAACACUCAACCAUCUGGCGGAGGACCUUUAUCUCAGCCUGGAUAUGCUUCUAAUAUGGCCAUUCAAGGACCAAGCCAGACAUUUCGCGAUGGAUUUUCAAUGGGUGGCAUGUCACAGGACUUCUUGGGAGAUGAUUUCAAGAGUCAGGGAUCCCAUGUUCCAUAUCAUGUUACUGACUUCUUUACACAGGCUUCUCAAAGCGGAUAUGCUGUUGAUUAUGUAAAUCAGGGAGCACAGGCUGGUUUUCCAGGAAAUUAUUUGAACCAUAAUUCACAAGCUGGAUACUCACGUUUUGGUUCAGGAAAUGAAUUUAUGUCACAGGAUUACAUGGCUCAUGGAUCCCAAGGUCUCUUUACACAAGCUGGAUACAGCGAUCCAUCACAAGAGGACAGUCCACAAAACCAUUUUGGCAUGUCCAAUGCAAAUCCACUUCAGUCUCAGAGUUUACUCAAUCCACUGUACUCUCAGCCUUUUGGGCACUACAACACCCAACCAUUGAACAUGCAAAGCUCCCAACCUCAACAGCCUCAAGGCUCACAAAAUCAGAAACUCCAUUACAACGGUUAAGGACCACCAGUUUGUUGCUUAAUGGACUAUGGGUUUGCAUCCAGCAACUUGGUUUGUGCUGUCAUGUGUGACUGUAUUUUGUGUAAGAUGGAGUAAGAGUGCUGAAAUUCAGGUCAGUUGGUGACAGCAUGAUGACUCUGAAUGAUUUGAUUCCGAGGGAUGAGGUGGAGGAAGGCUCUCUGAUAAAGAAAAGCAUGGGCAGCACAUCCGGUGCUGAGAAAGGUGAAACAACAGAUGUUAUCUGCUUGAGUUUGUGUGCUGUGCUAGAGAAGGUGACUGUUUAUUCAGGAGAGAACAUUACAUAGCAUGGAAUUAGUCUGAGGGUGCCGGUUGUUAUUACAGACAUGCAUGGAAGCUGCUAGCACUAUCGUCCUGUACAGGUAUUCUGGUAAACAUCAGCAUAAUCCUUUCAGCUCUUCCUGACAUGUAAUUAAUACUCACUAGUAUGUAGACUACGAUGGAUGUGUUUGUUAAUAAUGCAGUAGUGCCACUGCUGUUAUAGACUCUUAGGUACCUAAGCUUGGGCUGUCAGCUUUCCAAUCAACUUAGUUUGAAUUUAAAUUAGUGAUGGAGUCU